AUGCUGCCACGUGGCAGUGGCAGGUCCUUCCAACGGUGGGAUGCCGACGAUCAAAGCAGCAGCGGCGGCGGUGGCAAGCGAGGCAAGGAAUCCAAGGGUUUCGCAGGGAGAGCAGCAGCAGACAGAGACGCAGGGAGAGGAGGAAAAAAGGGCGGCAAGAACGGGAAGGGGAUCGCAGCGGCUUUGUCUCGUAGCGGGGGAGGUUUAGCUGAGCUGGUGGGGAGGGGGCGGCGGGGAGAGGCGAAGAGCCGAGUAGAGGAGCUGUCGGCGCAGCAGGUGCAGCAGCAGUGGCGGCGGCAGGUGCCGCGUGUGAGAGACACGCUGGAGCAGCUGAGGCGGAAGGACAUGCUGCCCGCCAUCUGGUUCAUCUUCAGCCGGAGAGGCUGUGACACCGCCGUGUCGUUUGUGCGGGAUACUAAUCUCCUGUCGCCGAGCGAACAGGCAGAGGUGACAGAAGCCAUAGCAGCGUUGAGGCAGCAGCAGCCGGAGGCGGUGAGGGAGGGGGCGGUGGAGGCGCUAAAGAAGGGAGUGGCGGCGCACCACGCGGGGUGCCUGCCGCCCUGGAAGGGGUUCGUUGAAGACCUCUUUCAACGCGGGCUCGUCAAGGUGGUGUUCGCCACAGAGACACUAUCAGCGGGCAUCAACAUGCCUGCUCGCACCACUGUGCUCUCGGCUCUCUCCAAGCACCUGGGCGGGUAUGAUGAUAUUCGCAUGGUGGUAGUAGCUCGCACCACUGUGCUCUCUGCUCUCUCCAAGCACCUGGGCGGGUAUGAUGAUAUUCGCAUGGUGGUAGUAGCUCGCACCACUGUGCUCUCUGCUCUCUCCAAGCACCUGGGCGGGUAUGAUGAUAUUCGCAUGGUGGUAGUAGCUCGCACCACUGUGCUCUCGGCUCUCUCCAAGCACCUGGGCGGGGGCAACGCGGGUCGCAGCCUCCUGUCAGCCAACGCUCUUCUUCAGAUGGGGGGGCGGGCGGGGAGGAGGGGCAAGGACAAGCAGGGGCACGUGGUGGUGGUGCAGACGCCCUUUCAUUCCCCCUCCCUCUUCUCAUCUCACCUUCCUCUUCCCUCUUCCCUCUCACUUCCCCCCUCACCUCGUGUGCAGUGUGGCAAUGCGGGUCGCAGCCUUCUCUCAGCUAACGCUCUCCUACAGAUGGCGGGGAGGGCGGGGAGGAGGGGCAAGGACAGGCAGGGGCACGUGGUGGUGGUGCAGACGCCCUUUCCUAACGCUCUCCUACAGAUGGCGGGGAGGGCGGGGAGGAGGGGCAAGGACAGGCAGGGGCACGUGGUGGUGGUGCAGACGCCCUUUGAGGGCGCUCAGGACUGCUGCCGCCUGCUGCUGGGAGGAGCUGACCCCCUCGUCUCGCAGUUCACGGCCACCUAUGGCAUGGCACUCAACCUACUGGGGGUGGGUGUGAUCGAGAUGGGUCAUUCCUGCAUGUGGCUGCAUGUGUGUGUGAAGGGUGGCGCUCCUGUCUGGCAGGAGAAGACAGAGGCGGGCAGUGGCACGGGCGCAGAGGGGAGUGACCCAAACGAGGGUGACUCAAGCGAGGGUGACUCUACCAGCAACAGCGCUGCAGGCGAGCCUGCAGUAGCUGCUGCAGGGGGAGAGGGCGAAGCAGCAACGGCGUCAGCAGCAGCAGCGGUAGUGCCGGUGCGGCGGGGGCGCAGCAUGGAGGAGGCGAAGGCGCUGAUAGAGAGGAGCUUUGGGAACUACCUGGCGAGCGAGGUGCUGCAGCAGGCGCGGCAGCAGCUGGCGACACUGGAGGAGAAGCUAGUGCAGCUGAGGCAGCGCAGGGGGGAGGUGGAGAGGCAGAUGAGGAGCGAGGAGGAGGGCGGGGACGAGGUGACAGGCGCGUUCCGAAGCAUGGUGGGAGAGUUUGUGUCCACGCGGCACACGGUGGCAACGCUGCAGAGGCACGUGUUCCAGCAGCGGGCAGCAGCCCUCGACCCCCAGAUACAGGACGCCUUGCUGUGGGCUGAUGAGCCUCACACAGCACAAGGGGCUGAUGAGACGGACGAACCACCCCGCGCUGCUGCCGCCACCACUUCUGCUGCUCCCGCCACCAUUGCUCUUGCCAACGCCGCCGAUGCUCAUGCUGCUACAGAUGGCCCUGCUUCUGCCCUGGUGGUUUGGGUUUGGCUGCACAGGAGGCUUCAGCAGCCGCUGGUGGAAUUGAAGUUCCCGGACCUGGCGUCCGGAGCUGUGCGGUCGGUUCGGGGGCUGCUGGUUGGGCAGCUGGAGGCGCUGCCCCCGUACCUGCAGGAGGAGGGGGAGGACUGGGCGGAAGAGGGGGGGAUUGGGGAGGAGGAGGGGGGUGAUAUGGGGAGAGUUGCAAGGGUGAGAGGGGUGAAGGGCAACGGAGGUGGAAAGAGGAGCUCGCGGUAUAGUGGAAGGGGAGGAGAGGGAGGGGAGAGGGGAGAGGAGAGGGGAGGGGAGAGGGGAGGGGAGCAGGGGGAGGAGCAGGAGGAAUUAGAGGGAAGAGAGGCCCAAGGACUAAAAAAGGUGGCAAAAUUGGGUGGUCUAAAAGACAGCGACUCCUCUUCACCCUCCUCCUCUUACUCCUCCUCUUCCUCUUCCUCUUCCUCUUCCCCACUCUCCCCCUCCUCCUCGCCCUCCUACGUGGCGGUUAUAGGGGAGGAUUCCCAUUGGUACGUCCUCCCCUCGCCCUGCAUCCGCCAGCUAAUCAGAGCGCAGUACGACCCCACCGACCAAUCAGAGCUCGCCAUGUCAGCAGCGGAGGGACGGCAGCUCGUCGGCAGGUACCUCUGGCCGGAUGGCUGGCAGGAAGAGGCAGAUGAGACGGCUGGGUGGCAGCGGGCGGCAAAGCUGAAACUCUUCCUGCCGCCCGUGCCGGAGAUGCUACAGGGAUGGCUCAGGAGGGGGGGGGGGGAGAAGGAGGGGGGAGGGGAGGAAAGUGAAAGGGGCAAGUGGGGAGAGGAGGGUAAUGAGGAGGGAUGGAGGGGAGAACAGAACGAGGAAGUGUUGGCAGGAGACUCAGUACCCAGUAGCAACACCGACAGCGAAUCACAAUCCGCCACGUGGCUAUCCACCCCUCACCCCACGUUCAGCGUCUGGCGAAUCAAAUCCAAGCAACCCCUCCUCCACCUCACUUCCGCCAUCCGCUUCCCCCAAGGCUGGUCCCCCAUCUCCCCCCUCUCCCCUUCCGAAGACUCAAACCACCUCUCCCUCCCCCCCUCUCUCUCCUCCCUCGAAGCCUCCCUCAAGUCACACAGGCAGAAGCUAUCGCAGAUACGAAAGAGGGUGAAGGCUUCGGCGGUGUAUAAGCGGCGGCAGCAGCAGGUGACGGAAAUGGGGAGGUGUGAGUACGAGGAGGGGAAGGUGGGGAGGCGGGUGGAGGGGUUGCGGAGGCGGAUUGCGGGGAUGCAGCCGGCGGGGUGGCAGGAGUUUGUUCAGGUGGUUCAGGUGCUGGCUCAGGCGGAUGCGCUGGACCCUCAGAGCAGCACACUCAUGCCGCUAGGGGAGAUUGCCGCUAAGGUGAGAGGCGUUAUUGUGGUUCAGGAGUUUGUUCAGGUGGUUCAGGUGUUGGCUCAGGCGGAUGCACUGGACCCUCAGAGCAGCACGCUCAUGCCACUCGGGGAGAUUGCUGCUAAGGUGUUUUUGCAGGUGCUGGUUCAGGUGGAUUCUCACAGGUGCGAGGGAGGGGCAGAGGAGCGGUGGCGUAGUGGCGCUCUUUCACACAUCACGCCGCUCUUUCACACAUCACAUCACUCCCUCACGCGCCUUUCCUCUCCACCCUUUCGCCUGCCUUGCCUCCGUGUUGUGCGAGGGGUGAACGAGCUGUGGAUAGCAGUGGCGCUCUCCCACCCCUCCCUCCCACGCCUCUCACCGCCAGCCAUUGCGGGGUGCUGCGCUGCUCUGGUGUCUGAAGGCAUGCGCAUGCGCACAGGCGAUGGCAGUUCGCCCUCCUUCCCCUACGAGCCUUCUUGGGAGGUACAAGAAUGGGUGUACGAGGCCGAGGAGCGCCGCGAUUGGCUGAUGCAGCUCCAGCUGGCUGCCAACGUGGCAAUCCCUGCUGACCUGGACGCGCAGUUCGCUGGAGUGGUGGAGGCGUGGGCGCAGGGUGUGACGUGGCGCCAGCUCAUCGCUGACUGUGCGGGGCUGGACGAGGGGGAUAUUGCGCGGCUGCUAAGGCGCACCAUUGAUAUACUCUCUCAGAUCCCAUACCUUCCGGGCAUCGAUCCCUCAUUGGCCAAGGCGGCAAAGCAGUCCGCUUAUGUCAUGGAGCGGCCGCCUAUCUCUGAGCUCAUUGGCUGA